AAAUCAUGGAGGGGGUUUAGCAUGAAGGAGAAGGGUAAAGAGAUCGUCUAUAAAAGUGAAAUAAAGAGAACCAAAGGAAAGAUUUACGAGUGGAAAAAAGAAGAAUAUAUGGUGUGGUGGCAAGACCAGUUAUAUUUUUAUUAUCAACUGGCACAUUUUGUAAAGCUAGUUGGGUGAAUAUGUUUGACAUCUGAGAGUAAACGAAAAGAGAUGUGAAAAAAUGUCGGAUAAAAGUGAAACUCGGUGAUCUAAACUGGACAAAUAUACAACAGUGAAGGAAAGAAAAUUCGAUAGAUUAUUAACAUUGCUUUUUGGAAGGUCACGAUCAUCAGUAACCACUGCGUCAGUUGAUAGUUAAUUGAAAGAGGGGAACCUGUGAAGCUUGAUCUCAUACAGGUCAACACGUACGCACGAUACAAAAGAAAAGGAGAACACGUACGGUGAAAUAACUUGAAGAGAUCGCACGUAUGCUACAAUCCUUUGAAAAAAUUUACGAAUGGGGCACGGGUGCGUCUACGAGAUGAAAUUUUACGCACGAAUGGAAUAUCUUUGUUAUUGUUGUGCAUAUUGAUUUUUAACGCGCGAACCAUAAUUUCGAUAUUUAUUUUAUGUUACAGAAAGAUGUUUAUUAUUUUUUUUAUUUGUGACUGUGAUUAAAACGAAUAUUUUUGGUAGCUACAAUCAUCUUUCUUCAAUGAUGCCAAGUUAUUAUUAUUGUUUGUAACAUUAACUUUUCUUAGAUUGAAAUAUGAGUAGUACGGAACCAUCUACAACUUUGAUUGCUAAUAUGACGUCCACAACUGUCACUGCAAUUUCUGAGAAAACAGCUCCAAUUUUCUUACAAACACGAGCAGCUCAAGGUAUUGCUGGUGCAUUUGUUUGGGUUGCAUUAUUUUUAACUUGUCAACAGAUUUAUCAACACUUAAGGUGGUAUACUAAUCCAACAGAGCAAAGAUGGAUAGUUAGAAUUCUGUUUAUAGUACCAAUUUAUGCUACUUAUUCUUGGGUGUCUCUACUAUUUUUCUACAGUGAAAGUUAUUAUGUUUAUUUUUUUACUGUUCGAGACUGUUAUGAAGCAUUUGUUAUAUAUAACUUUUUGUCAUUAUGCUACGAGUACCUGGGUGGUGAAGGAAAUAUUAUGUCUGAGAUACGUGGCAAACCUAUUCGUUCUAAUUGUUUAUAUGGAACAUGUUGUCUAGUUGGGAAAACAUAUACAAUUGGUUUUCUUAGAUUUUGCAAGCAAGCUACUUUACAGUUUUGCUUAGUAAAACCAGUAAUGGCAUUUGUCAUUAUAUUUCUUCAGGCAUUUGGUCAUUAUAGAGAUGGAGAUUGGUCUCCAGAUGGAGGCUAUAUUUAUAUAACUAUAAUUUAUAACAUCAGUGUAUCUCUUGCACUUUAUGGACUUUUUCUUUUCUAUUUUGCUACAAGAGACCUAUUAACACCAUUUGAACCUGUCUUAAAAUUUUGUACUGUUAAGAGUGUUAUCUUUCUUUCAUUUUGGCAAGGAGUAUUAUUGGCUAUUCUUGAAAAAGCAAAUGUAAUUUCUCCUAUAAGCUUAGAUCAAUCAACUAGUGCAGGAACUGUUUCUGCUGGUUAUCAAAACUUUUUGAUUUGUAUUGAAAUGUUAUUUGCUGCUAUCGCUUUACGUUAUGCAUUUCCUUACCAAGUGUAUUCAGCUGGUUGUGUUACGGAUUCAAGAGGAAGAAGUGUAACAAUGCAAAGCAUUAGCAGUAGUUUAAAGGAAACUAUGAAUCCAAAAGAUAUAAUGACUGAUGCCAUCCAUAACUUUCAUCCACAAUAUCAACAGUACACCCAGUAUAGUUCUGUGAUGUAUUGAAAAAAUAAAAAAAUGCUGUAAAUUGUGCUAUGUGUAAAAAAAUUUUAUCAAUUCACAUAUAAAAUUAUACAUAGCCUGUAAUUGAUAUUCUAAAUGUUUUGAAUGAAAAAGAAAAAAAUAUCGGCAUGAUUUUUCGCUGUUCGCUGGCUGAUUGAUAUAUUUAUUAGUAACGGCUUUGUCAGCGAUAAUACGUGAUGUAAUGUAACAAUCAGGAGCACCUAAAGGACAACGUGGUAUGCGGAUAUCCAGCUUCGAUCCAGAUGAUCCACAGAAUAUGACAAUACCACCACCUCAAAGACGGCAUACUUCUCAUCAACGUGUUGCUACAAUUUCUCAAAAUUAUAAUGAGAAGACAAUGCUUUUGAGCAGUGAUGAUGAGUUCCAAUAGAUAUAAUAAAUCGUGUACAAAAAGAUAUAAAAAAGAAAAAGAUCGAAAAGUACAUUAAUGUUGGACUUCCGUGAAAUUAAUUUCGAGAAAACACUAUGUAUACUAUUAAUUGAUUAUACGUCAUUAGGUAGGAACUUAACUCGCUCACAAAACAAAACAAAACAAACAAUUUGGUGAUGUAAAUCAUCACGAUAUAAUAGUUCCAUGUUAUAUUCAUGUUAAUACAUGUAUUAUGUUACAUCAUGUAGCAUAGAAGAUAUUUAUUUUAAUAUGCUGAACAUGUUUAAGGCAAUGUUACCUAUAGAGGUGGCUAUCUAUUAUAAUAAUAUAACAAUUUUUAUUUUAAAAAAUAAUUUAUGUUUUUCAGAGAAAGGCAUUGUACAGUACUUAAUGUUCAAAUACUCUCAAAUAUGUUGCUGCAUUAUUUACUGUAGUUAAACAAUAUUUUUACACUCUGAACAAACACUAUGUAUAUGUUUAUAUACCAGUAUUUCUAAUUCAUAUGAGAUUACCAUGUAAUUUUGCCAGUGGAAAAUACUUAUUUUAUAAAAUACACUAAGAAAAAUACUUCUAAUUAUUGCACGCGUCCGGUAUAUAUAUAUAUAUAUAUAUAUAUUUGUGUGUGUGUGUGUGUGAUAUGCUGUACUGAUGACGCGCGCGUGCAUAUAUGUGAACGUAUGAUAUGAAUAUCACUGAAUAUAUAUAUAUAUAUAUAUAUAUAUAUACAUAUAUAUGUAUGUAUAUAUAGCUGAGCUACAAAAAUCUUUGCGUCCUAGAUUAAAAAAUAAAUGAGUGUAUAUAUCGUUAAAAUAGAAUGUAUUUAAUAAUUUACGAAUUAAACAAUUUUCCUUCAA